AAAAUAGAGACUAUACCUGUUCUUUAGGAGAAAUGCAAAUUUUAUGAAAAUGAAUAAGCUAAUUUGAUCUGUCUAACAGCUUCUUGUUUGAACCAAGGCUUUUUCUGUUUUCAAUGUAAGAAUCAUCAUGAAGGUCACAACGUAAUUUAGGGAAUAGAAUUCUUUGACACAUUAAAACAAUUGGUUUGCUAUGAUGGGUCAUCUAAGUCUUCCAAUAAUGUGAAUUAGGUUUCAGCCAGGAUAGUAAUGCUAUGUUGACUUCGAUUGAUGGUUUAGAUGCAUUGAAUUAAUACUUCUCUGAGAUUUUGGGGUAAAUCAGAUUACAAUUCGAGAAAUAUUGCCAGAUAUCAAAUGAUGUAAAUGUGAUAAACAACUUCUUGAUUUUCUCUUAAAAGUAAGGAAUAGAACCAUAAUAAUUCAAGGAUAAAUUUGAGGAGUGUUUGAAGAGACUCUGUCUUAAGUUACAGAAACUACACAUCAAAUCCUCUGUCACAUGUCAAUCUAAUUCAUUGUUUGUACCAGACGAGAGACUAUUCUAGGAAUAUUUGGAACCCCUUUUAUCAACCUUGAAGGAAUAAGCCUCUUUAUUAUAACAAAUUAGAUUUGACUUUCAAAAACGGAUUGUUGCCUUAGGUAAAUUCUUUUUUGAACCAAUCAUAUUUGAGACAGAUCAACCAAAGGAAGAAGACAAGGUGUUGGAGAGUUUGUGGAUAGACAAGAAUGAAACCAUGAGAAAGAUGUUGAUGAUGAAAUAAAGAACAAAGAAAGAACAAGUGAUCGAUGAUGAACCAUUCUCAUAUGGUAAUGGAAGAUUGGAAAAAGUGUUUGCUGUAGCUGGAUCCAAAGUCUGGUUCCUGGAUUUCAUCUAUAAUAAAUUCAAACCAACAUCUAAGCACUCAAAAAUUGAAUCAAAAUAAGCAUGUAUAAUAUGCAAAUGUCAUCAGAAAUUCGCAAGGAUAAACGAGUUUUUCAAUUUCAAAUAUGGGGAUUUAGGCUAGACUACUGGCAAUUUCAAGGUGGCCUUUGAUAAGAGAACCAAUAAGGAUUACUUGAUUGACAGAGGAGGUCUUUACUUCCACGAUCUGUGUGUGUUUUGGUCAUCAUUGGUGGAAUGUGAUGAGAAGAAAGGAACCAUUGAUUUUGAAUCUCUAUAAGAAGUAGUCAAAAUAUCUCAGGAAACCUACUGUUAUUUAUGUAAGAGGAAGGGUCCCACUCUUAAGUGCAAUGAUGAAAAUUGUUAGAUUUGGAUACAAUAUUACUGUUGGAAGAAAUUGGAACCCUCUCAAUAAUACUUGGAUAAUCAGAAGUUUAGGAUGUUAUGUUAUCAACAUGUACCAGCCAAGUAUCGAAAACCUGCUUGGGCUUCUCAGAAUUUACUAUUGGAUGAUCAUUAAUUGGAGAAAAAGGAAAUGAAGGAACUCAGAUAGAGUUAGUUUGUUAAAUUCACUUAUUAAGAAUUUGGUUAAUCUAGAUAUAUAUAGAAAAUAGAAUAAUAGGCAACUAAACAAUGA